AUAAAGGAGUGCCACGGCGCAUGCAAUUCUUGGGAACCAACAUGGAGAUUCCAUCGAAUGUGGAUGCAGAUGCGGCGCUGAAUGAGAUCAUUCGGAGUCACUUGAUCGACAAUUCAAUGGACUCGUUAGCCCGUCAGAUCCGUCGUGUGUAUGCAAAGCUGAGGGAGAAAGAAAAGUCGUUCCUCGCACUCCUCAGCAUCGAAGGCGCCGUCGAUGAAGCUGCGCUAGACGCCAAGAUGGCAGCAACCCGCGCUCGAUGGGCUCCAACCCUUCGGGAACUGAUGGAAAAAAGCUGUAUGGAACUACACAAGCAGCGUAUCGAAUUGACUGCGUGCAUCGACAUCAUCGAGAAGGAGCAGAAAUGUGGACGACUCAAAGAACGAGAGAACAAACGACACAGUCUCUCCGACGCGCAGAGUACGUCCGUGUCGCUUGAAGUUGGGUCGCAGGUUGCUGCACGUGUCGCUCGCGGCCACGAAUUGUGGAUCUUGGCAUCAGUCGUGAAGGCCGAUGACAGGAUGGUCGAGGUCGAAGACGAAGAUUCCGGUGACGAAGAGACUGAGGGGAAGCGCCACCACGUUGUCCCUCGCGACUGGCUAGUACCUCUGCCGCGUGAAGACCAAAUCGAUGAGUGGAUUAACUUCCGAGUCAACGAACGCGUCAUGGCGAUGUAUCCCAGCACGACUAGCUUCUAUCCUGCGGUCGUAAUUGUGCCCAAUCCACCGGGGUGCUUGUAUGUGAUCGUACGGUUUGACGACGAUGCGGACGAAGUUGGAACCAUCUCUGAGUACAAGAUCCCGUUCCGGUUUGUCAUGCCUUUGAAAAAGACCUGAUAUUUAACAUCUUGACGCCAUUCAUCCCUUGGAAUGUCCAUGCAGCGCUUCUGCAUGACCGCAGCGCGGUGGCGCCGGGCUUUUUCCGUCUCGGCAGCGGUGGAAGAUCACGUCGAAUAUCGAAUUCCAACUGGAACUCACUGCAUAUUUUAGUCAAGCUAAACCGUACUAACUUCUUUUACAAACACGUUGUCGU